CUUCUCCUCUCCCUCCCCUACUUCCUGCGAAUCAGAUAUUCAUGGGAAGCCUGCAAACAAGCAGGGGCAGGUGAGAGGCAGCCUGGGAAUGCCAUCUUCUCAGCCAUUGGGAUCGUUCUCUUGCUAACGGAGCUGAUUAUUAAUGCAAGUUACAGCUAUUUUGGGUUGGCUGCUGCCAAAGGAAUCGCAGUCUUGCUGCUCUUGUUCACCAUCCUGGAGUUCUCCAUCGCUGUCUCAACCUUGUACUUUGCGUGCCUAGCCACCUGCUAUACCCCCAACACCGCCAUGUUGUUCAGGCCAUAUUUUGCCAAUGCAAACCUUGGGGUUCCUUCUGCACAAAUGGCCUCUCCAGAACCUCCCACCAAUGUGGAUUAGACCCCAAAGAUGAGACUGAGUAGUGGGCUUCAUAAUGAACCCCUGCGUGAGAUUGCUCCAGCAGUGGCUCCUACUGAAAAGUAAAAUCCAAUUUAAAUGAAUUACACAAAGUUCUGUAUUAAUAUGCCUAGUAAGGAAUCUAUUUGUCAAAUUUUUUUUACCAGACUCUGUUUUGGCGGGUCUGUGUUGUUACAGACAUACUUGCUGACUGAUAUUUUGAAAUAAAUUACCAAAAUAAUUGUAACUGGCAUUAGUAUAUUGGUGAUAUUAUGACAAAUAAAAUAUAUGCAGAAU